AUGUUGAUGUUAAUUUUUCAUCAAUCGUUGUUGAGUACCAAGCGUUCCGCCAUGAGUCUUACCGAGGACGAAUCCUCCAACAUGUCUUGGGGGGCCGGGCCUCUGUGGUGGUCCGAUGCCCCUGGGGACUCCAGGGGUUCGCCGCCACUGCGGCUCACUUUCCGCGCUGCCAACCAACCUUGGGAGGCUGUACUUCGGGGUAAAACACUCUUCGUAGCCCUGCCCAAUCUCAUGCAGCCUGAUGGCUCAAGAGAAGCGUUGAUUGGGGUAUUGGAAGCAGCAGAGGAAAAGCUCAACUGUCAGCAUGUUGUUGUGGUCAUUCCAGCUAAUAGACCAGACAAAUCGAUGAUAACGAAAACUUUCAGAUACUUGGGAUUCGAAGUUUUGUCUCCAACAUCAGCGAUUGUUCCACCACAACUUGCUUCUGAAAAUAUUUGUAUGCUUUAUGAAGUUGAGUGAUUCAUCCCCAGCGUAGCCUUGAAUCUUUCAUUUUUGUCUAUAAAUCUUAGAAUAUAGUUUCAUUUAAGUGUGUUACUUAUAAGCAUCUGUAGUAUAUCUUUUCAUAGUUAUUACAAGAGAAUAUAUAGAACUCUAUAAUAACUGGAUUUGCUGAUGGAUAUUGAAUUUCGAUAACCCUGUCCAGUUAUAUGGAGUCAUGAUAUUCCUGAUUUUGAGGUAUUUUCAGUAUCAAGUAAGUGGAUGAAAAUGAAAGAAUAUUAAUGAGGGUAGUGCGGAAACAGUUAUCAAGACCCCUUAAUGAAAAAAUAAAAUAAAAAAAAAACAGUUGAAUUUAAGAAAUAUAAUAAGCUUAGGUGUAUCAUUCAUUUUAACAAACUUUGUAAUUAUCAUUUGGCUUUUUAGAUUUCACAUAGUUAUGUUUUCAGAAUAGACACUUUCAUUUGUUUGUCUUGUAACUAAAAUGUUAAAUUCUUUAGGUUAUAAAAAUAAAUAUAAUAAUAUUAAAA